CCAGCUUUUAAUUCCUACUCCUUCUCUUAUUUCUCUUCUUUUUUCGCUUCCUUCAUCCACAUUAGAAAAAUAACCUCCUCUCCUUCAACUACACCACAAGGAAACUCUCAAGUAAGGCCAUGACUUUCCGCAACCCCAACGAUGGCUCGACCUACGUCGUCAAGUACAUGAACCUCAUGGGCCGCGCAGCCAUUGUCCGCACGAUUUUACAUCUGGCCGGUGCAGAAUACAAAAACGAGUUCGUCGAAAAGGAUGCAGUUGGUCUCAACAGAGCAGCCUAUCCCUUUGGCCAUGUCCCCGUCCUGAUCGAAACUCGCGCCGAUGGUACUGCCUUUGAGCUCGCAGAGACCAUCGCCAUCGAGCACUACUUGGCCGAGAAAUUCGGCCUGCUCUCCUCCUCAUCCCCACAGGAGGUUGCCCUCCAAAAAUCCGUCGCCUUCAACAUCUUCUUCGAACUCUACCAACACUGCUUCCUCCCCCAGAAACCCAUCCAAGAAACCAUCCAAGACCCCAUCUCUGAACUCCGUACCAAGGUCCUCCCACAGUUUAUUCAUGUCCAGGAACGCUGGUUAAACAAAAAUGGGAACAAUGGACAUUAUUUUGGGGACAGACUCUCUUAUCCGGAUCUCGUCCUCUUGAACUGGGUUCGCGUUCUUGAGGCCAUUGGCUACAAAUGGGAGGAUGAAGCCAGUCCCAUCAAGAAGCUGGAAGCUACCGUUAAGGCUAUGCCCGAAUGGAAGGGACAGUUCGAUGCCUUUCAUCCCUUCAAUACCCUUUGAGAAUAACCAUUCGCGCUGAGAAAUAAUGUGUUACGUUGUUUUCAAGGAAUAAAACAGAAAUGAAGCAAAUGCACAAUGGAUAAUGAAGCAUGGGAAGAGCA